AUUUUAAGCGACUGAAAUCUUCUCAUGGUGAUGAUCUUGCAAAACUCGAAUUUUUUAAAGCAAAUCAAGGAUCUUUUUCAAAAGUUGGCGUUGAACAUGAAUGUUACCGAGAAUGUAAAUACGGAGAGAACAAAGUAUGUUCUUACGAUUUUACCGUAUCUUCUUACAGCUCAAUGUCAAGAGAAUGUGGAAAUUGUCCAUUUAAUCAAACUGAUUGUGAAAAUCCUCUUUGUGUGACGGCUGGUGGUAAACAACGGCUAAUAACAACUGUAAAUUAUCAGAUACCUGGACCAGCAGUUUUGGUUUGCUUGAACGAUACAGUUAUCGUUAAUGUUCACAACGGUUUUGAAACCGACAGUACAACAAUACAUUUUCAUGGUGCUCACCAAAAUGGAAGUCCAUGGAUGGAUGGAGUACCAUUUAUAACACAAUGCCCAAUUUUACCGGGUACAACAUACCAACAUAAGUUUAUUGCGGGACAAGCUGGUACACAUAUGUACCAUGGACAUUCAGGUACCCAUGAAGCUGAUGGCUUAUUUGGCCAAUACAUUGUAAGAAAACCAGAAGAUUUUAAUAAGCACGAAUUAUACGAUUUGGAUUUACCAGAACAUACAAUGAUUUUCUGGCAUUGGUUUGAUCGCCCUGUAGGAGAAAUAUUUGCAUUGCAAAAUUUUGCUAGUACAGGAAUGCCUCCAUACGAUAUUUUAAUUAACGGGAAAUCAGAAAAGGAAGUUUAUACUAAAGAUGGGAAAAAUUAUAAAACACCACGUGCUGUUUUCGAAGUUGAACAGGGUAAACGGUAUAGAUUUCGUGCAAUUUUUAACAGUAUCAUUUACUGUCCAGUUCAAGUGUCCAUUGAUAAUCACAAUCUCACAAUGAUUGGCAGUGACAGCGGUGAAUUUAAUCCUGUUGAAGUUGAAACUUUCAUUGGAAAUGCCGGAGAACGAUACGAUUUUGUAUUGAACGCAAAUGCCCCAAUUGGAACAUAUUGGAUACGGGUACGUGGUGUUGGCAACGAAUGCAAAAGUGGAAAAAUAAACCAACAAGCUAUUUUGAAAUACAAAAAAAGUGAAUUAGAGGUACCCAAACAGGACGUACCCACAUAUGAUGAAUCUGGUAGAUCUGGAAAACUUUUAAAUCCUAUGGAUUUAGCCCUAACAUCUUAUCCUGAAAAUGAUGUCAUUGUAUUUACAGAACUUGAAAGUCCUGAGCCAACUCGAAAUAUUAAUGGCACACCUGAUGUAACCAUUUAUUUAGAAUUUAAAACAUAUACACACAGUUCUAUACGUUAUCCACAAAUGAAUAAUCUAACAUUUUCUUAUCCUAAAUCUCCAUUGUUGACCCAAUGGAAUCGUACGGAUAUCAAUUGUAGUCCAAAACUAAGAAAAUAUAAUUGCGUUGAUAACUUUUGUACAUGCCCGUACACGGAAAUAAUGAAAAAAGGCGAUUUAGUAGAAAUAGUUUUGGUUGCGUUAGAUCCCUUCCCAAUUGGUGAUCAUCCAAUGCAUUUACAUGGUAAUCAUUUCCAAGUAGUUGCAAUGGAAACUGUUGGAAAAAAUAUAUCCACACAACAUAUUCGAGACUUAAAUUUAGCUGGCAAAAUUCCAAAAAAACUUGAAAAAGUACCAUAUAAAGAUACUAUUUCUGUUCCAAGUGAAGGUUAUGCUAUUUUGCGGUUCGUAGCUGAUAAUCCAGGUUAUUGGUUCUUCCAUUGCCAUUUAUCGAUCCAUGCUGCCAAAGGUAUGGCUGUUGUAAUAAAAGUGGGUGAAGAUAUUGUGGAUAUACCUACAGCACCCCAAGAUAUACCUAGAUGUGGUGAUUUUCCAAGUCUACCACCGUAUUAUUAAAAUAUUAUUUAUUUUGUAAUUAAUUAAUUUUUAAAUUUCUUGUUUAUAAACUUUGUACCUAUUUACAACUUGUUCAAUAAAAAUGUUCGUUUUUGAAA